UUGAGAAUAGCUCAAAAGUAGAAGGGCGUGUCAGCCACCUCUCUCUGUUCUCGUGCCAGCGAAAGCGCCGCAGGUGUGUGUGUGUAUUACUAAGCGCUAAAUACAUAAAGAACUAUCGAAUAAAAUAAAUCAAAAUUAAAUAUGGGAAAUAAAUCAACAAAACCCGAAUUGACUGCAGAUGAACAAUGGUUAGAGAAAAAAUGCCCUGGUGCAGGACAGAUAAGCGCAAAUAGGUGGAGAAAUCCCAAAAAAACAAACUGCACCGCCUGGGAGGAGAACUGUAGCCCUGGCCAAAUACAGCAAUUAAGUAAAUGCCUACACGCAGAGAUAGAAAAGACUAGUGGCAAAAAGAAAGUCCUGCGCAUGUUCGAAUACGUAAGUUUCUUUGUACCAUGGCAGGAGGAAAGUAAAAAGCGUGAAGAGAAAAGAAACAAAAAGCAAAAUAAACAAAGCGAAAAGCCACCUACCGAAACCACCAAUCCUCCUCCUUGUCAACCACCUCCCUCAGCCCCAAGUCCCCCUGAUACUGAGCAACCAUACCCCCCAAAUCCUUAUCCCCCUGUUUCAAAAAAUCCCUUUGUGAAACCACAAGACCCUUAUGUCUCAGCGAGACAACAACUGAACCUAAUGACCCGCAAAGACCCACCGCCAUGGCCUCCAGGCCCGUUAGGGCAAUUUCCGUUAAUUCAGGCGCCAAACCCAAAUUUUGGGCGAAUAACCGGAGAGCCCCCACAAGCGCCAGGUAGGGCACUCCCCAGGGAUAGACAUCCCUUCACAUAUACGUUUCAACCGUGGUCGGCCGAAGACAGAAAAAACGUAUUAAAAGACGUGCCCCCUUUAAAUGAAGGACACCAACAGUGGAGAGAUGCAGUAGAAUUAAUCCGCUCCAGUUGGAUGCUAAAUGGCCUUCUUCCCUCAAUCAGAGCUCAUGUAGAAAAACACUGGGUAACAAUGAACAUGGGCAACCUCGCGGAUGCUCUGCAAUAUGCAGAACACGCCACUCGAGUCUUAAAGAAAAAGAAGAAGGGAGGGGUGUUUACUGUAGACCCAGAAACAGGGUUCAUAGCCUUUGCAGGUGGAUAUCAGGGACCCAGGCGUGGACAGGGGCAGAAGAACAACAAAGUAAGGAAGAGAAAUGCAGGCUACAAAGGGGAUAGGAGAGAGAGAGAGGACAGAGAUAAUCGUUGCUAUAACUGUGGGAAAGAAGGGCACUUUGCCAGAGGUUGCAGAUACAAAAAUGACAAUCAGGAUAAGUGGCUAGCACGAGAAGAGGGAGAAACUGAAAUCUUCAAUAUAGAACAGUUGCCCCUAGGAUCUGAACACAAACCCACAGCAACCAUCCAUGUAAACGGUCAACCAAUGACUAUGCUUUGUGAUACUGGAGCAUGCAAAACAGUAUUAAACAAAAAGCCCAAAAACUUAAAGUAUUCAAAUGAUACCCUGAUAGUCAAAUCUGCAUCAGGACACACCAGUGUGAAAUCAUUAACAGAAAGUUUAACACUGGAGCACAAAGACAGCGGCAGGAGCUGUAAAAACCAAUGUAUAUAUGAUCCAUCCUGCCCAGUCAACCUUUUGGGGAGAGAUGCUCUAGGAAAACUUAAAAUAGGAGUAGUUCCAGGGCCAGAAGGAAUGUAUGCAAAAACAAUGCUGUGCGAGGGACUAGACCCUCAAGUUAACGAGUUGGUAGUGCAUGAAGGAGAAGGUGUACCCAGUUACUACUGGACACUGGACCUACCCCCAUUAGAACCUUUGCAAAACAUAGCUAACCGCUACCUACCAGGCCACUCUAGAAAGUUAAACUUCUCUGAGUACCACAACACCCUGAGAUUCAAACAAAGUCCAGGUCCUGACCGCAGUUAUGAUCAGCAAGUACACCGUCUAGGUCCACAAAAAACUCACCCUGCAACAUCUGUACUGGAAAACAAAGAAAUAGUUUUGAGCAACCAACUGCCGCGUGAUUCUCUCCCAGUCUCUUCCAGGUCCUGCUCACAACACCCACAGCAUGCAAGAUUGCUGAACGACCCUCGUGGAUUCAUCAAAGCCACACAAAGAAGUUUGAACCAAUCCAAGACCCACCAACAUCUCCUUAAAGUGAGUGAUAAGUUUAGACUCUGGUCCUCCCCAACCUCUAGUGUUCGCUCGGUGGGGGGUAGGGUGAUCAGUGGCAACACUCGUGAUCCCACUCCUCUGGCUGAGGUCUACUCAUUAGAGGCUACGGGUGUGUCUGGUGGUCGAGAAGAGGAGAACACUCGCAGGAAUGGAGAUGCUAGACAAAGAACCCAAGAUUCCACUGAGGGAGAAAGGAGAGAUGGACAUAGACGACGUCAAUAUUGGACAACAGGAUGCCAGCUGACAACAGUCACAACCCUGAAGAAGACCGAAGAUCUAUACCUAUGCUACCACAAAACCAGUUUUUCCUCUGCAGUAUGGAUCCCACUAAACUCAUUCCACAUUGGAGGCCGUCGAGGUGACAAGUGGAACGAAUAUGACUGGUACCUGUCAAGCACGGACUGGGACCAAGGCUAGGACACAGUCUUCACCUACACUGGCAACGACUGGACCGUAAGAGCCCUGAUCAACAGGCUGAUAGCAACUGCCAUUACACCAGACCCUGUCAGCCCAAGAGAAACUAUGACGUUAUUGGAACACACUGACACUGACACAGACACUGAUGAUGAUGAAGCUGAUUCAAGUGAAGAGAACAGCCUGUAAAUAAAAAGAAAAUAAAAACCCCUGUUAACAAUGAUGCAACAGUUAA